AUGAUUGGGUUCUUAAACUUUUGUCCAAUUGCUAGUCACAAAGGUUUAUUGAUUGGCAAGGCAAUUGAGAGGUGUUUGCUUGAUUGGGGUAUUUCUAAGGUUUUUAUCAUUACCGUUGACAAUGCAAGUUCUAAUGAUGUUGGAAUGAAAUAUCUCCAGAAUAGGUUAAAAAGUUGGAAGGGUAGUGUUUUGAAUAGUGACUUUCUGCAGAUGAGGUUUUGUGUACAUAUAUUAAGUCUCAUUGUAAAAGAGGGGUUAAAAGACAUAGAGGACUCCAUUUUUAGAAUUCGCUCUGCAAUGGGAUAUUUGAGGUCUUCUCCAACGAGAUUACAAAGGUUUAAGGAGUGUGUAGAGCAAGAAAAGAUUGAACAAAAAAAUCUUUUGGUUCUUGAUGUAGAAACAAGGUGGAACUUUACGUACUUAAUGUUGGAUGUGGCUAUAAAAUUUCAGAAAGCAUUUGAGUUAUUGGAAAUCCAAGACAUUAAGUAUAGAGAUAAACUUACUAGAGGGGAAAAGUCAUGGGGUUUGCCUAUGCCUAGUGAUUGGGAGUAUGCCCGUUACUUGUUAUCUUUUUUGAAAGUUUUUUAUGAUGCUACUCUACGUGUGUUGGGCUCACUUUUUGUUAUCGGCAAUGCAAAUGCGCGAGAUCUUUGCCAUUGGAAUGCAGAUUUUAACAUGGUGUAG